AUGGUUUCGCAUGAGGACGAACUUUUACUCGAAAAUUGCUUAUCCACUUGUCAUGACAGCUUUUUACAAUAUUUCAGCGUCCUCAAAGAUAGCUCUCAAACCUAUCACUUGCUUAGAAAAUUUUACAGGAACCUAGAAGAAAUUGUUUAUAGCCAAUACAGAGGACAUCCUUCCUCAAGUAUCUUAAAAUCGAUUGCAUCUCAAGUGAUGAGUGCAAUUCCAGUUAUAUCUCGAUUGAUGGGACGCACAUUUCAUGAGAAGUUUAUUCAGCUCAAUUUCGCCAAAGGUGACAAUGGACCAUGUAUUCAAGUAAUUCAACAAUAUUGUAAUUUUAAGAUUAUUAUCACGGAAAUUUUAUUAAGAGAUAUCAUGGUUUCUGAUUUUGGAUUCGAUUGUAUCAAGAUUCGAAUUGAUCCAUUGGUCUUUUUCAGACAACGACUUAAUCAAGUUUAUUACGACUUUAUGUUGCAACAAAUGCGAAAAGUUUAUGAAAGAGAUUACAACAGAAAAAAGGCAAAGAAGGCCCUUAAAAGAAGCGCCACACUGAACAAGAGUCAGAACGACAAGAAAGAAUUCAUCAAAUAUUCAACAAGAACAUCAAAAAUUAAUUUCAAAUGUUUCAAAUUUUGGUACAAUCAGUGA